AUGAGAAUAAGUACUAAAACUCUUGGGCUCACUCUGUUUUUAAUACUAAUUACUGCAGAGGUAAUAGCACAUUACAAGUAAAGCUUAUAUGUCUCAGGAUCAGAUGAUUUAAGCUUAAUCAGUGUAGAGUAAACAAAGUAGCCUUCAAAUAAAGAUAUCUCAAACACAGCCACAAAAGCAAAAGAAGCGAUGAAGGCUUAUUAGAACUCAAAGCUUGUGAAAAAUAUUUAGGGAUGCAUUCAGGCUAUCUCAACACUCUCAGAAUACAUGGGAGUUGCUGGAAGUGUGGUAGGCUUUGUCUUCACUUUAUUUGGGGGAUCAAGUUAUACUCCAGAUCCUGCUCUUCUUGAGCUUGAGGAUAUGAUUAGAGACACCUAGCUAUUAAUUAUUGAGGGCAAUGAGGAGGUAAUGAACUCAAUAAGAAAGCUGAAUUCACAAUAAGCUAUAAGAAAUGUUCAAGAUGCUUUGAGUAUUUUGGACACUCUUGAGGAAAAGCAUUUAAUUUAAAAGCUAGACUUUGAGCAUGGCGCUUAUGAUGUUUCACCUUGUGGAAACUCUAUGACUCUAUGUAACAAUGCUUUUAUCAAGUUAGCGAAAUCGUUGGACGAUGUCUUGGAAGCUUCAUUUGAGGAAUCUCCCAAGGGCGAAAAGAACAGAGUUUUUAACCUAGCUGAUAAUCUGAUGCAAAGACUGAUGAAUAGUUUCUACUCAAUAACAUGGCUAAAUGCCUAGUAAUACAAAUCUUCUCAUCCAACUGAGUAAAUCUCUAAUGACGAUACCUAGAAGAUAUCAGAGAUAACAUAGAGCAUAACUCUUCAACAUUACUUGAAGGAUCAUGCUAUUGCUUCUUAUCAAAAGUGGUUAGUAGAGAAGAAAUUCUCAUCAUGCAGAUUAUGCUCAUCUUGUUCAAACGAUUAUCCAUUGUACUAAGGUUCUGGUGAAAAAGAGGAUGAUUGGGGUCAUUGGUUAAGAUUUAGAGACCACUGUGAAGGUGAUUUAUACAAUGAAGACGGGCCUCCAAAUCUCUGUUGUUCAAUAAAUGAGCCACCUGUGAGGUACUGUGAAUCUUGUGGAGGAGACUAUCCCUAUAGAAUCGGCAGAAGGCUCAAUAUUGAUGACUGGGGUCCUUACCACAUGACUGGACAUGGAUGUCAAGGCAAUUUUUACAAAACUAAUAGAGAAUUCGAAGUUUGCGGAAGAAAUAGAAAACAAUGCAAGAUGUGCGCUGGUUAAUGUCAAGCCAAUUAUACAUUAGUAGGCUAGGUACUUCGAUAAGGUGAUUGGGGAUUUUGGAAGGUGUAUGAUACUCCAUAGUGCAAUCCAGGUUAUGAUGGUGAUAUAAAUGUUGAUAAAUCUGCUGAUGUGUCAUUUUGCUGCCUUGAUGAAACUAUUUGA